UUAUUCUGACAGAAAACGGAAAGAUGUAUACAUAUAUAGUCCGAUAAUAAAAAAUUUUUUGUAAUAAUGAGCACGUAUAUGUAUAAAUAAAAAUUAUAAAUCAUAGUGAUUACAAUGAGUACUAAUCGCUUGCGAAGUCCCAGCGCGACUAACAAAUGGUCAACGAAAAUUGGAGAGAAUACAAGAAAAAAUUCGCUUAGGGCAUCGUCUACCUUGGACACUGGUUGGAGCCAAGAUUUACAGUCUCAUCCUUUAAGAUCUACAGCGUCGAAUAUUUAUCAGCCUAACACGUGCUCGAGUGAACAUGAUCUCAAACGUUCAGAGGAGAAAACGUCGGAAGAAACGAUUCUUAUUGAAGUGGACGGAAAUGUGGAUGACUACCUGACCAGCCCAGAUAUGAAGAAUUUAUCUAUCAAGCAAAAAAACGAUGCAUUCCUCCGACGUAAUCAUCGUUAUAUGUACGAUUACCCAAACCUAAAUGUUUCCCAAGCAAUGCUAGCUAUGCGAAAAUUACAAAAACUUAAAGAAUUACAAAGAAGACGAGACCUAACUGAAAAGUAUUAUUCUCACGAAAUAAGAAAACUAAUCGGCGAUUAUUUUGGUACAAAUCCAAGGACCGAGUUGUCAUCAUUGAAAUAUAAUAAUAACAUGAUUAAUAAUAAUAAUAAUAAUAAUAAUAAUAAUAAUAAUAAUAAUAAUAGGAUACAAAAUUCGAAUUUUCUUCAGCCAUAUUUGGGUGGCGAUCGAAUAAAAGAUGAUCUAAAGAGUCUGGAACCGUGUGGCACGAUGACGACGAUCACCCGUCUGGAUUGCGGAUGCAUUCAAGAAACGACAAGACCUAUUUUCACCACGACGACAGGUCGAGUUCAGAAGAAGACGUGCAAUCAGUCGCAGGAUCAGGUACUUCUAAAGUUAACGUCUACCAAUCCGCAAGAACAUCUUUGCUCGUCAGUCGAUCCAAACAAAUUGGAACAAUACUCGCAAAAAUCUAAGAAGAAGCGUGUUGGAAUAGAAUCAAGAAAUUAUGAAUUAAAUUCUAUUGAUGUUGAUCGUGAGAUUGGAAAAGAACAUGAUCUUCGUAAUCCAGGAAAUGUUCAAGCUUUACGUAAAUACAGCGACACGUCGACAACUUCCAUUUGA